GAAUAACAAAAAGCGACUGUUCAGAAGACGCCAACGCAAACGCCAUUACUCUCCUCUCUUUUUCUCUCCUCUUCGCUUUUGUUCCUUUCUCGGUCCUCUUCGUCUACGCAGCGACCUUUCAAUACCCCAUUGCUCACGCUCUUCUCCUCUGCGUCACACGCUCUGUAUCGUGUAUUCUUUUGUUUUCUGCCUCUGGGUCUCGAUUUGUUCUUUCUCUUUAUCGCCAAAGAUUUUCACUUGGCAACAUGACCGGGGUUCCUGAAGGAGGGUCUGAAUCUGUAACCCUUGAUCUGCUUAAGCAUAAGAUGGCUGAGUUUGCGAAGGAGAGAGAUUGGGAACGGUUUCACAGCCCCAGGAACCUCCUCCUUGCUCUGGUGGGUGAAGUGGGCGAACUUUCUGAGAUAUUCCAGUGGAAAGGCGAGGUUCCGAAGGGUCUUCCAGAUUGGAAAGAAGAAGAGAAAGUUCAUCUUGGUGAAGAACUCUCUGAUGUGUUGCUUUACCUUGUGAGGCUGUCUGAUAUAUGUGGUGUUGAUCUUGGAAAAGCUGCUCUCAGAAAAGUUGAACUCAAUGCUAUCAAAUACCCAGCCACAGUAUGCAAAGAAACUUCAGCCAAACAGAACCAGAACACCAGCGAUGUCACUGAUAAUGAUAAUCUGCCUGAGUGAACUUCCAUGGAUUCAUCACCAAGUCGUCUUCACUUGUUAUUAUCUGACAUUGAGGGUUUGGUGAAUAGUGAAUACUGUAGGGAACUCUGGUUCUAAGCCUAAUGGUACUAUAGUUAUAUAGAUUAUGGUCAAUAAGUUACAGAUGAUAGGGUUGUGUCUUCAAAUGGGUAUAGAAGACAUGGAGGUAGGGUUUGUGUGACAUUGCAUGGAGACUAGUUUGGUUUGGUUGGCUGGUGGAAUGAUCUUUUUGGGUACAAUUAUUCUCACAUAUUUUGUCACUGUCUUGGCCGACUGAAUAGGACUCUUUGACGAGAUAUGAGAUUAUAUUGAAAGUUGAAGUCAUUUCUUUA